AUGGUGGGGAAGGAUUUGGUGCUGCAAAGGAAUGCUCCUGUGGAUAUCCGUGAGAUUGCUGCCAAGGCCACGCUUCGGGAGGUGCGGCAGAAUGGGCACACCUAUGUGGAGCUCCGGCGCGUCGGGAAGCGCGUCAUCUUCUUCUGCACCAUCUGCCUCACCGAGUGCUUCAGCGACAAUGUGCUGUUUGAUCACCUCAAGGGGAAUCUGCACUCACGGCGGUAUGCCGAGGCCAAGGUCACCCUGUUUGGGCCCAUGCCAUGGCCGUUCAAUGAUGGUGUGCUCUUCUUCAACAACUCACGCGAGAAUGAUCCACUCUUGCUGGACUCAAGCUCGCAUAACACCAGCGAACUUGCUCUGGUUCCCCAUCCUGACUUUGCAGGGAAUGGCACUGAGGUGACAUCAAGGUUGAGAGAUGGUUCGAGCUCCCACAAUGGUGCAAAAGGCUCAUUCAGUGGUGCAAAUGGACGUCCGAAUGGUAGAUCUUCUGCCAUAACUGAAGAUAGUGCUCUGUCAAACCGCAGCGAAACCGAUGGUCCGCUUGUUAUUCCUAGCGUGUUGAUAAAGGAUGUUGUGUUGAAUUUGCCUGUGCAUCUCCUGGGUUAUGGAAACAUUGCGUACAAGAUUGCUGAAACUAGCGAAGGUCGUAAGAAGAUCAGCAAAAUCUGGUGUGCUUGGGUAGGAGAAGAAGCCUCACAGGGCUCUGAGGCAUGUACCAUCUAUGAACAAUCUGGUUUUGCCAUAGUCAACUUCUCUUAUGCAUAUGAGUUGGGAAGGAAGUGGCCUUCUGAAGAUCAGGACCUUCCCAUCUCUGCUGGAUCUUUCUUUGUCAUUGAUGAGGCUGGACAUCGUGGAAAGCGAAGGAAGAAGUCGUUUUCUGAUCAAGAAGCAUCUUCAGAAGAGUCUAAUGGCCAUACCCAUGACAGCAGAAGUCAAGCUAUUGUUACUGGCUCCCCAACAGGUACCUCAUGCAAUCUUCAAGUCAGCCCCUUGUCCAGCAAGUCUAUGAGGAGAGAGCUGAGGAAGCAGAAGCGACUUGCUGCUGAGAAAGUUUGUGAUAUUUGUGGACGAUCAAUGCUUCCUGGAAAAGAUGUAGCCACCUUGCUGAACUGCAGCACAGGAAACCUAGCUUGCAGCAGUAGAAACUCCAGUGGGGUGCUGGCUGAUCAAAUUGCAAAGAUGGGAAAGAGCAAACGAGGAAGAAAGGCGAAAACAGCUCCAAAGAGCAAAAUAAUGUCCAUCCUUUGCCCAGAAUGUCAGGGUACAGGGAUUCACGUCGAGGGAGAUGAGCUCGAAAAGCCAACUAUUUCGUUGUCUGAGAUGUUUCGCUACAAGCUGAAGUCUAUCGAAGCCCACAAGGCGUGGAUGAAGACCCCUGAGGUGCUGGAGAACUGUUCCACUGGGCUCCAUUUCCCUGCGGAACAUCUGGAGAACGAGCAGACACGCCUGUCUGCCAACCAGGGCGCGCGGGCCGCCGCGGUGCACUUCUGGGCGGCCUGGUGCGAGGCCUCCAAGCAGAUGGACGAGGUCUUCGCGCACCUCGCCGUCGACUUCCCCCACGCGCUCUUCCUCAGGGUUGAGGCUGAAGAACAACCGGAAAUUUCAGAGGCAUAUGGAGUUACAGCAGUGCCAUACUUUGUUUUAUGCAAGGAAGGCAAACCUGUUGAUACCUUGGAGGGCGCAAACCCAGCCAGCCUGGCCAAUAAGGUUGCAAAGUUAGCUGGGCCUGCCAAUGUUGCUCAGCCUGCUGCACCUGCUAGCUUGGGGGUGGCUGCUGGGCCUGCUGUACUCGAAAAGGUCCAAGAAAUGGCACGGCAAAAUGGAUCUUCUGCUGCUGAAAGUACACUGAAGAAGCGUUUGGAGCAGCUUGUCAACUCCCAUCCUGUCAUCUUAUUUAUGAAGGGAAAUCCAGAAGAACCAAGGUGUGGUUUCAGCCGAAGGGUGGUUGACAUUUUGAAGCAGGAAGGUGUUGAAUUUGGGAGCUUUGACAUCCUUACAGAUAAUGAAGUACGUGAAGGACUGAAGAAGUUCUCUAACUGGCCAACUUUUCCUCAGUUGUACUGCAAAGGUGAGCUGCUUGGUGGGUGUGAUAUUGUUAUUGCCAUGCAUGAAAGUGGUGAACUGAAGGAUGUGUUAAAGGAGCACAACAUUCCUCUCACGCAACAAGGAAGCAAAAUUGAGGAGCCAGUGAUGUCUGAAUCUGCAAAUGAACAGAGUCCUGAGGCAAUUGGGCUUACGGAAGCUCAGAAAGCUCGUUUGGAGAGCCUCACUAAUUCUAACCCAGUGAUGAUAUUUAUCAAAGGUUCACCUGAGGAGCCCAAGUGUGGAUUCAGUGGGAAGGUCGUUCAUAUUCUUAAGCAGGAGAAGAUUCCUUUCUCAAGUUUUGACAUUCUUUCAGAUGAUGAGGUUAGGCAAGGUCUAAAGGUUCUAUCAAACUGGCCUAGUUACCCUCAGGUGUACAUCAAGGGUGAACUGGUUGGUGGUUCGGACAUAGUGAUGGAGAUGCAUAAGAGUGGGGAACUGAAGAAGGUUCUGACUGAGAAAGGGAUUAUUCGGAAAGAGAGCCUAGAGGACCGACUCGAGGCCCUAAUUUCCUCAUCCCCAGUGAUGCUGUUCAUGAAGGGCAACCCAGAUAAUCCACGUUGCGGCUUUAGUUCGAAAGUGGUGAAUGCCUUGAAAGGAGCAGGGGUAAGCUUUGGGUCCUUUGACAUUCUAUCUGAUGAGGAAGUUAGACAAGGUCUGAAGACAUACUCGAACUGGCCCACCUUCCCCCAACUCUACUACAAAUCAGAACUGAUGGGGGGCUGUGACAUUGUUCUCGAGCUGGAAAAGAGUGGAGAGCUGAAGUCCACUCUCUCGGAGUAG